AUGACAGCGCCAUGGUCGGAGACAACAUUACCAACCAUUCUCUCCCGCUAUCCUCUGGAAGACAUUUUUAAUGCCGACGAAUUUGGGCUUUUCUUUCAAUGCCUUCCCAAUAAAACUUUGCAUAUGAAAGGUGAUAAGUGUUCUGGAGGAAAACACAGCAAAGUUAGACUUACUGGUUUAGCUGCUGGUAAUGCCUUGGGGGAACGAUUGCCAAUGUUUGUAAUCGGCAAGUCCGCCAACCCUCGUUGCUUUAAAGGUGUCAAAACACUACCCUGUCGAUACCGUUCGCAAAAGAAGAGUUGGAUGUCUGGAGAGCUGUUCGAAGAGUGGGUACGCGAGCUUGAUCGAAAAUUCUCUGUCUCUAAGCGAAAAAUUGCUUUGAUUAUUGACAAUUGUACCGCACAUCCUCAUGUUGAAAACCUGGAAUGGGUAGAAUUGAUCUUUCUUCCUCCAAAUACCACGUCCCGAACCCAACCUAUGGACCAAGGAAUUAUCCGCGCCCUGAAAGCAAAAUAUCGAUCGCUAGCAGUGCGGAAAUUGAUAAAAGCCUUGGACGAGGAAAAAUCGACUCCGAAGUUCUCGAUUCUUGCAGCUAUGUACAUGCUAAGGAAAGCAUGGGAUGAUGUUUCCAACAAAACAUUCACCAAUUGCUUUCGAAAAUCAGGAAUUUCCCAAAAGGAUGCAGAAAGAGCGAUCAACGAAGAUGACGACCCUUUUAAAAGUUUAACCAGCGAAGUAGAAGAAGACCCAAUUCCAACCCUCGAUGCUGAACUCUCUUACAUAAAACGAAGGUUUCCUGACCACAUUGAUCCUGAUUUAUCAACUGAAGAUUUCAUUGAUUUUGACAUUGAAGUCAGUACAUCCCAUGGGCGUCUGAAGACUGCUGACAUCAUUGCUGAGAUCACUGGGACUCAAGACGAAGAAUUAGAAGAGGUCGACGAAGAAGACAAGGAGGAAGAAGAUAAGAUCACAAGACCGACGGCCGAGCAAGUGCGUACAGCUAUCAACGUCCUCGAAGACUUGACUAUCAUUUCUUCUCCAAAAUGUGAAAAAAUACUCAAGUCUUCGAGGACGUUGAUAGCUGUACGCACUUGCUCGGCCGUCGGUCUUGUGAUCUUAUCUUCUUCCUCCUUGUCUUCUUCGUCGACCUCUUCUAAUUCUUCGUCUUGAGUCCCAGUGAUCUCAGCAAUGAUGUCAGCAGUCUUCAGACGCCCAUGGGAUGUACUGACUUCAAUGUCAAAAUCAAUGAAAUCUUCAGUUGAUAAAUCAGGAUCAAUGUGGUCAGGAAACCUUCGUUUUAUGUAAGAGAGUUCAGCAUCGAGGGUUGGAAUUGGGUCUUCUUCUACUUCGCUGGUUAAACUUUUAAAAGGGUCGUCAUCUUCGUUGAUCGCUCUUUCUGCAUCCUUUUGGGAAAUUCCUGAUUUUCGAAAGCAAUUGGUGAAUGUUUUGUUGGAAACAUCAUCCCAUGCUUUCCUUAGCAUGUACAUAGCUGCAAGAAUCGAGAACUUCGGAGUCGAUUUUUCCUCGUCCAAGGCUUUUAUCAAUUUCCGCACUGCUAGCGAUCGAUAUUUUGCUUUCAGGGCGCGGAUAAUUCCUUGGUCCAUAGGUUGGGUUCGGGACGUGGUAUUUGGAGGAAGAAAGAUCAAUUCUACCCAUUCCAGGUUUUCAACAUGAGGAUGUGCGGUACAAUUGUCAAUAAUCAAAGCAAUUUUUCGCUUAGAGACAGAGAAUUUUCGAUCAAGCUCGCGUACCCACUC